UUCCGGAAAUAUGACUGUCGCUGAUUUCGUGCUGCUGUUGAUAUGAAGUUGUUUAUUUUGGCAUUGGAUGUGUUACCAAUUUUUAUUUAGUAUUAUUUAUUUGUUUUGUAUUUUUUUGCACGUUAAAGCCAAACAUGUAACAUCAUUUAUGCAUCAAAGCGAUUCACUAAAGAGGCUUGUGUACUUCCAAUCUGAUCUUCCAUUUGUUUACUCUAUACAAGUACCUCAAAAUUGAGAAUGCUGAAGGCUGUGAUUCUUAUUGGAGGUCCUCAAAAGGGGACCCGGUUUCGUCCGCUGUCUUUUGAGGUGCCCAAACCUCUGUUUCCAGUGGCUGGAGUGCCAAUGUUGCAACAUCACAUUGAGGCCUGUUCUAAGCUUCCGAAUAUGAAGGAGAUCUUACUUAUUGGCUUUUAUCAGCCCAAUGAAGAACUUAACCGUUUUUUGUCAUGCGCCCAACAAGAUUUCAAAAUAUCUAUAAGAUACCUGCAAGAGUAUGCUGCUCUGGGCACCGGUGGAGGAAUCUACCAUUUCAGAGAUCAGAUCCUGUCUGGUGGUCCAGAGGUGUUUUUUGUCAUGAAUGCUGACGUGUGCUCUGAGUUUCCACUGCCAGAGAUGCUGGACUUCCAGAAGGAGCAUGGAGAUGCCUACAGUUUUGUCAUCCUCGGCACCACUGCCAACAGGAAACAGUCCCUGAACUACGGCUGUAUUGUUGAAAAUGAGCAAACUGAUGAGGUCUUGCAUUAUGUAGAGAAGCCUGGCACAUUUGUGAGUGACAUAAUCAACUGUGGAAUAUACCUGUUCACUCCGGAGAUAUUCCAGCAUAUUGGAGCAGUUUUCCAGAAGAACCAACAGGAUAUGCUGUUAUAUCCAUAUGAUGGAGAGGAGCAGUCCAACGGCUGGCAUCGGGCAGAGGUGAUCCGUUUGGAACAGGACAUCUUCACUGCACUGGCAGGACAGGGCAAAUUAUUUGUGUACAAAACAGACCGCUUCUGGAGCCAGAUCAAAUCUGCAGGAUCUGCAAUCUAUGCAAGCCGCUUGUAUCUGAACCAGUAUCACAAAACACAUCCAGAGAGAUUGGCUACAAAUGAAGUUGGAGGGCCAACGACCAGAGGAAAUGUUUAUAUACAUCCAACUGCCAUCAUUGACCCAACUGCUGUGUUAGGUCCAAAUGUAUCCAUUGGAACAGGAGUAACUAUUGGUGCAGGAGUUCGUGUAAGAGAGUCCAUUAUCCUCCAUGGUGCUACUUUACAGGAUCACAGCUGUGUGUUGAACAGUAUUGUGGGCUGGGGGAGCACCAUUGGCAAAUGGGCCAGAGUGGAAGGGACCCCUAGUGACCCAAAUCCUAAUGACCCAUACGCCAAAAUCGACAGUGAGACGCUUUUCAGAGAUGGAAAACUAACACCCUCUAUUACAAUAUUAGGAUGUAAUGUAAAUAUCCCAUCUGAGGUCAUCAUACUCAACUCCAUCGUCCUGCCACAUAAAGACCUCAACAGAAGCUUUAAAAACCAGAUCAUACUAUAGUUGUAUGUUCAGUUGUUUCUGAUUUUAUUUGUACAUGUCCUCUGUACUUAUGCAUAGCAUUUACAUACAAACAAAACCUUAACAAUACUGGACAAAUCAUCUAAAUUAUGUAGUGGUAUUUAUGUAGAAAUGUCUGGUGCUGUAUUUUGCACAUGAAUUUACCACACUGAACAGUGUCAACACCUUAAAGUUGAAUAAAACAGAAAUGCCAAAAUAAUUAUAUAUAUAUAUAUAUAUAUAUAGUUACUGCUGCUGAAAAAUGUGAGUUAUUUUGAUUUUCGGGAUUUUUUUUUUUUUUAGCUUGUUGGCUCAGCUUCUCGCUCCUGUGAAAUGAGAUUUCUACUGUAAACAUAUUGUGAAAGAAGUCAAUUUAGACAGAUGCAAAAAAAAAAAAAAAAAAUAUACAUUUGUGUAUUCUGUUCCCUUUGCCUUCCAACAUUUAACAUGUCUUGUAAAAUGAAAUAUGAGACAAAUGGUAAAAUCUUGUAAUUGGAUACCAGCUGUGUUGGUAAUGGUUUUGAAUAAUUGAUGUUCUUGUGACUGCUCGUUGUAUGAAAGCUGUGCACAGUUCAACAUUCAGAUAUCUGCUAUAAAUUAUAUUUUGAUUAAGUCACAAAAGGUAAUAAAGUAAUUUACUGCCACCCUUGUAGAAUUCCAUGACAUCUGUAUUUAUAGUUAAAGAGCUACAAGACCGUCAAUACAUUUUUUCUUAACCUUGGAGACUAAAAUAAAUUAUUCAAUUAUAGA